CGAAAAUGUAUUCAGGUAUUUAAAUUGACAACCAUUCAGCUGUUACCAUCAACAAAUACCUUAUAAAAAUGGCGAAAAUAAAUAGAAGUCGUAUAACGGUUUCAGCUAAUAUUAUUCUGACAGUCUCCCUUAUCACAAGGACACUGACCUUUGGUUUCAUAUUCAUGUCAAUAUACAUCAAAGUUAAAGACGACAUCUUAGAUGAAGAAGUUAUCAAAGUUGUUGACAUGGAGGUUAUAGCCGGGAUGCCAUUAGGAUCAACCGUUAAAUCAAUUAUAUUUUCUCUCAUUGGAGUAUUUGCGGUAGAACUUAUGACUGGUAUUUUUGGAUUGUGGGGAGCUUUGGGAAGGAAUAAGCGACUAUUAGCUGUGGCCGUUGUCUUUAGUUCUUUCAUGAUUGUUGUAUACAUUAUAUAUAUAGUGCUUCUUUCGAUAAUAUAUCACAAGAAAACUGACCUCUACGACACAUUACUUAAUUACACAACAGCAUACAAGCUUAGUUUAUCUGGUUAUCAAUACAUAUCAUACUGGAACCGUGAGAAAACGUUCCCUGAGUUCUUACAAAAGCUUGGAUGCCCAAAUACCAACCCGGAAAGAUAUUACUGCUGGAGUGUAUAUGUCCAGGAAUUAGGCAGUUACUUAGAAAUAUACAUCGGGAUAAUUGUGACGUGUAUUGUCUGUCAGAUAUGUUCAAUAGUUGCAAUUGAAUAUAUAUUCCGUAAACUUGAAUUUAAAGAAAAGAAACCCAGCAUUUCAGAGAAUAAGUAUUACCUAUUGUUGAGUUUGAAUCAUGGAAUAUUUCGAAGUUUGAUCAUCUUUAUAAAGGAUCAUUGGAACAGGUCAAAAAUUGUAUUUGCGUCGGCCAUGCUUAAAAUAAGCUCACUGAUAGCAGGUGUUGGGCUUCUUGGUCACGGACUAACACUAAUAGGAGACGUAUUUAUUAGUGAUGGCUCUCUCAGACAUAUUUUUUACAAGAUGCAGUUUUACCAUUACUAUUUCUAUAAUAUACUGGUGGGUCUAGCUGCAGCAUCGGUUGUAAUUGGAAUAUGUACUUCGUUGGUGGCAGUUCUUGGCUUGGCUGGAUCGUGGAGAAAAUCGCAACGCUUUCUUGUUACGAGCUCUGUUCUGUCUGUGGCUUUGCAUAUACCAAGACUUAUUGCAGUUGUAUUAUGGAUAGUUUUUAUUGCAGAGAUCAACAUUGGUAUGAAAUUUCAGUUAUGGUUACAACAAUUAGGUUAUUUUUAUGGAGGCAGUGGAAAUAGAAUUACUGGACAUUGGAAUAACAUGAUAAUGACUCUGCAGUGUUGUGGUGUCAAUUAUUACUCCGAAACACAUACGACCUAUGGAAUAAAGUUCUGUUGUAAAAAUGCUCAUCCCAGAAUACUAGACAAAGAAGAUCAUAACACAAAUUCCUACUAUGAAUUAUUUGAUUAUUUCGGUGGCUGUGGUGGGUACAAAACAGAUACAUGUGCAGAAGUGAUCUUGUUCAAGACUAAGAUGUUUGUUGGGUGGUUUCUUGCGAUUGUGUUGCUUCAAAUUAUUUUAGAGAUUAUUGGAAUCCUGUUUGCUAACAAGGAGUAUUCAGACAUAAUGACAACGAAAACAACCGAAAACUCAACAGGAGAUGAAAUGUAUACAAAGUCUGUAAUAUUCAGAACAGUUUUCAGAAGCAUAAAAUCUUUCUUUUUAAGUAACUGGAAAAGGUCUAAAAUAACCUUGGUUUGCUUUAUAUCUCUAGGAAUUAUUUUCAUAUGUAGCCUUGUUGUGCUUUGUCUAGCCAUCAACAUUAGAUACGACAAAGUUUUUGGAAACUUGGAUAUACAAGACAUAUUCGCAAGAAUAAAUGUUACCGAUCAUACCUUCUCAAGAGCCAUCAACAUAUUUUUCAUUGUGACUGUCACCUUUUCGUCUUUAUCCAUAGCAACUGUUAUAUUGUCCAUCAUUGCUAUGAUCUCACCGAAAUGGAAACCCGUUUUGCAUUUUGCGGCUGCUGGAUUAUUGUGUUCUGUGUUAGUUGCGAAUGUAGUGCAAACAGGAUUGUGGGGAAAAUACUUGGCAGGAGUUUCGUUAGAGUUAGAAAAUGAACUAAAAGCACAAUUUGUGAGUUAUGCUGGUGGUUAUUAUUACUCUCACCACUCAGCAACAUAUGAUUGGUCAUUAUCGCUCUCUUGGAACGCGCUGUUUGUUCAGGCAGAAUGUUGUGGAGUAGGACCUAGGAUAGAAUCGUCAUUCGAAUCUACCUACUGGUAUAUACAUGGUGACAGAUCAGUAGGUGAAAAAAUUCCAGUACAAUGUUGCAUUUCUCAGUCAAAUGUCUUCCCUUAUUCUACUAGCAGAGAUGUCAGAUGUAACUCUCCUAUACUUGAAGGCUACUUUCACUCUAAGUCAUGUGAUGUUGCAGUUAACAUAAGAUUAAAAAUAUACAGCACAGUUUUCAUUGUAUUCAUGGCGAUCAUCAUUUUAGCAGAGAUCUGUUGUGUUGUGACAACUGUUUUAAAUGCAAAACGAUUCAAGCAAGACGCAACAAUAUUGAACCGUAGUAAAAAACCGAGUGGAGAGAAUACUGAAAUGAGAAAAGAUGAAAAAACACAAAAAGAAAAGGAUAACGCAAGGAAAGAAAGAAAACAUGGAGAUAAAAAAGCAAAAGGAUUACCACGAAACAAAAAGCAAAGGUCAGUAGGAACAGAAGAAAUACAGCAAAAAGCAAACACAAUUGUGCAAGAAAACGCGGGAGAAAACAUUGAAUUACAAAUGAUGAAAUCGAUGGAAAUUGAAGACACGGUUAAUAACAAACCUGAUGAACCUAACAACAAAAGAAGACAAGAAGAAGACGACUUGGCUGAAAAAGAUUUAACGAUGCUGGACAACUAAAUCAAAAGUUUAAAAAAUACUGAAGUGAUGAAAUGUUAUAAUACUGGAAAAAGAAACAAAUAAGUUGGUUAUCUUGUUUUAUAUGUGUAGUUGACACGUAAGAGCAAAUAUACAUGGAACGAAUCAUCAUUGCAUAUGUUUCCAGUGUAUCUUUUAAAAGUAUAAAUUCUUCAAGACUGUCAGAAAUUAUUUGGAGGACAAUCUGUUGGCGAUAGUGUUUAUGAAAUAUUAGCUUUUUUAUUAUCAUUUCAGCAAGACUCUAUUUUAUAACACCAACAUUUAUAAACAACAAAACACAUAUGUCAAAUCUAUCUAUAUAUCCUUAAUUGAUUAUGACUGCUAAGGGAGGACCAUUUGAAUAUAGAUGAGAGAGGGGAUGAGUAUACUCAUUUGUAAAUACAAUUUAUGAAGAUUUGUAAGCUCUUAAGAUUUUUAAUAAGCUCUUGGAUUUUAAUUAUUUUGGCCUUCUAUGUAUUUGAAAGAGCUAAAAAAAAGUAUCAAUCUGUUCGCAUAUAUUU